CUUUCCAUCCUUCCUAACUCCACUCACCCCACACCUCACCCCCUUUCUCAACUUCGACAUGGCGGCCGAAGAUGUUGAAAUGAAGGCAGAUGGCGCAGCUGCUGCUGCUGAUGCAAAGCCAUCACAGACAACGCCAACACCUCCGCCAGUCCCGGAGCUCCUCCUGUCACUGCUGCGUCACAACCUCGCACUCCUCCACCGCUCCGUCCUUCAUCUCGAGGCACGCUUUGCUGCGAGGGCAUUGCGAUCGCUGCCUACGGCUCGAAGGAGGAUUUCAGAGCACCCGGAUGUUCUUGCAAGGAUCGUAGAGGAGGCUACGCCUGCAGAGAGCCAUGUGAGGAAGGAGCUCCUCGCCUUCCUGCCUCAAGCCUAUGUCCCGCAGAAGCCCCAGGCAGCUCAGCCUCAACAGCAAGCAGCCUCAUCAACGGAUAUGGACGUCGAUGAAAAGAAGACGGAUGCGAGCAAAGAAGGCGAAAAAGAUGGCAAGUCAGGAGAAGCAACCGCGCCUGCGCCUGCUCCUCGCGAUCUCAGCGCAAAGCCCUCGCCCGAGGCCCAACCAGAGCUCGACGCCUACCUUCGCCUUCUGGCCAUCACCUAUCUCAUCGACUCAAAGAAGGUUCCGCAAGCGCUUGAAAUUGCACGCCUCUCUGUUCAGACGAUCACAACCGCCAAUCGCCGUUCCCUUGACCAAGUCCUUGCAAAGACGGCCUUCUUCCUCGCCCGCUGCGUCGAGCUCCACUCUGGCGCCCAAGGGCUAGCAUCAGAGCGUCCUGCCUUGCUUGCGCUCCAUCUCACCUCGUCACUACGCCACGACUCGGAGACUACGGCGACGGUCAUCAAUCUGCUGUUGCGCUCCUACAUCAGCGUAGGCAACCUCUACGACCAGGCGGACAAGCUCGUCGCCCGCGCACCGUUCCCGCGCGCUCAGGCGAGCAACUCGAAUAUCGCGCGAUAUGAGUAUUGGGUAGGCAGGAUCAGGGCUGUACAGCUCAACUACACCGAGGCGCACCAGCACCUCCAGCAGGCUAUUCGUCGUGGUCCUCAGCCCGCCAAACCUGAGCCCACGUCAGUGCCCGCUUCCGCAGCGCUUGAGGGCGAAGGCAAGGCGAACGGUACGGCCUCGGCCAACGCGCCUGCUACUGCUGCUGUCGCGCAACCGCAGAAGUCACAGACCGGAUCUGGCUUCUUGCAGACGGCGCACAAGUUCCUCGUUGUUGUUGAGCUACUCAUGGGCGAUAUCCCUGAGCGUAGCAUCUUCCGUGUCGACUACCUCAAGCAGGCAUUGGCGCCCUAUCUCGAGAUCGUGCAGGCGGUCCGCAUUGGCGACCUCCAACACUUCCAACGUUGCCUCACUAAGCAUGAGUCCCUCUUCCAACGCGAUGCGACCUACUCGCUCAUCCUCCGUCUGCGCCACAAUGUCAUCAAGACGGGUAUUCGCAUGAUCUCCCUCAGCUACUCGCGCAUCUCCCUCCUCGACGUCACUCACAAGCUCGGCCUCGAGUCUGAAGAGGACGCAGAGUACAUCGUCGCCAAGGCGAUCCGCGAUGGUGUGAUCGAGGCAAAGGUGGACCACGAGAAGGGAUGGAUGACCAGCGAGGAGCGAAGGGACGUAUACUCGACCGAGGAGCCGCGCAAGGCGUUUGAGGCCAGGAUUGAGUGGUGUCUAGGGUUGAGGAACGAGAGUGUCAAGGCCAUGCGCUAUCCUAUGCAUGGGGGCAAGGGGGACGAGCUUGCGAAAGCAGAGGAGGCAAGGGAGAGACAGAGGGAGAUUGCUAACGCGGUUGCGGAGGGGGAGUAUGAGGAGGAGGAUGACGAGUAGCGGCGUAAAGACGGAGGCAGGACAGACUGCAAUGGAUAUGGAGCAAUGACGAUGAAAUCUGCUAUGAUGAGCGGCUGCCCUCGCAUCUUAUUCGCUCCGCUGCUUCUUCGACAGUGGCGCCCCCUGUUGCGCCAUCUCCUUGCGCUUCUGCCCUUUAGCGU